AUGAAGGCCCACAAGUUGCAGCCACACUGGACAGCAGAGCAUACAGCAACCUUCGUGAACCUAAAGGCACGACUGGUCUCAGAACCGGUCCUGACGGCCCCUCGAUUUGAUGGCACACAUUUCAUUCUCACCACUGAUGCAUGCAAAGAUGCAUUCGCCGGAGUUUUGUCACAGAAAAUCAAAACAACCCUUCCAGGAGGCAAGGAUGUAACUUGUCUACACCAGCCUUAG